GGCAGCGGCAGCUCCAGCAGCUUCCGCAGCAGCCCCAGGCUGUCUCGGGCGGGGCCGUAUAGACAACAGAGAUCGCCAGGGCUGCGCGGCCCGCUGGGGCCGGCCAUGGAAGGAGCUUCGUUCGGCGCGGGGCGCGCAGGGGCCGCCCUGGACCCCGUGAGCUUCGCGCGGCGGCCCCAGACCCUGCUGCGGGUCGUGUCCUGGGUAUUCUCCAUCGCCGUCUUCGGGCCCAUCGUCAACGAGGGCUACGUGAACUCCGACAGUGGUCCAGAGCUGCGCUGCGUCUUCAACGGGAACGCAGGUGCCUGUCGCUUCGGCGUCACGCUGGGCCUCGGGGCCUUCCUUGCCUGCGCCGCCUUCCUGCUGCUCGACGUGCGCUUCCAGCAGAUCAGCAGCGUCCGCGACCGCCGUCGCGCGGUGCUGCUGGACCUGGGCUUCUCAGGACUUUGGUCCUUCUUGUGGUUCGUGGGCUUCUGCUUCCUUACCAACCAGUGGCAGCGCACGCCGCCCGGGCCAGCCACCACGCAGGCGGGAGACGCAGCGCGGGCCGCCAUUGCCUUCAGCUUCUUCUCCAUCCUCAGCUGGGUGGCGCUCACCGUGAAGGCCCUGCAGCGGUUCCGUCUAGGCACCGACAUGUCGCUCUUUGCCACCGAACAGCUGGGCACCGGGGCGGGCCAAGAUUACCCAGGCUACCCAGUGGGCAGCGGUGUAGAGGGCACGGAGACCUACCAGAGCCCGCCCUUCACCGAGACCCUGGACACCAGCCCCAAAGGGUACCAGGUACCCGCCUACUAGUGGCUGGCAGGCCCAGACCAGGGCUGGAAGACUGCCCCACCAAUGCAGGGCCCAGGGCCC